AUGGCCCGCCAUGGCAAGGCGAAGGCCCGUGCCAAACGGGGCUCUGCAAUGGAAACUUUCACGGCCUCGCCACACCGGUUUACAAUGCAACAAGAGGCUCGGAACACAGAAACUCACAGUCGAUGGUGGUCGAACAGCAAUCUCCGCCACAAGGCGGUGAGAUUUGUGAGCGCAGGUACAUUACAGCGAAAGGAACUCGAAGGUGUCGAACAAGAAGACCGCGACCUGAUGGUGAAUGCCCCCGGGCGAAAGGAGCCAGAAGUCGAGGGUUCAUCAGACCCUUCUGACCCAAAGACCAAUGAGCAGGGGCGCAGAUUUUUCUUGGACACAAGUGCACAACUCGUGGUCGACACGGGACUGCCAGACCCAGUCCCACGAUUCGAUUCCACCGACUCAGAAGAUUCAAGCGAGGAUGAAGUGGUGUUCGCCGGCCGGAACAAUACCACGAGACCGGUAGUGAUCGAAUCAAGCAAUGACGAAGUUCGAAAAAUACUGGAUACAACUCUGACAGAGCAGCGCCAAAUACCGCUCGCAGCGGAGGCGAGGGAGCCCGAACAGGCGGUACAAGCACAGCCUGAUGAUCUGUUGAACUCCAUGCAAAGUUCAGCCAGGCCUGAUACCUGUCUUGCUCAUAGCGAAUCACCACGCGAUGAAGUGGAUGCACUAGCUGACUACAUUGCCAAUAUCGACAGCGAAUACCAUCUAGAGAACAUACACUCUCACAUAGAUGAAUUCGAAGGGGGUAUCGAUGUUACCGAAGUCUCAAAAGAUUCUUCUCUGUUGCCACCCUGGCCAUCCACGCGUUUCAGCCGACCGCAGUCGCAAACUUUCGAGAGAGACAUACCCACAGCAGGCGGAACAGACGAGGACCUGGUUCAAAGCUCGAUCGACGGUGAGCUCCCAGCCCCCAUCCCCCGAAUCCCCAACCACCCACCAGUUCGAUAUAACCCCGACAAAGAAGAAUCAGUCCUUUCAAGAAUGUAUAUUGACGCACAGCUUGAACCAGAAUUCGAUUCAGCACUGGCACCAGAUGACGAGGCAGAAGAAGAUACAGAUCCAUUAGAUUCACCGGACGCAGACUCCGACGAGGAAGAAGAAAUCGACACAGAUCUUCUCGAGGAGCUGGCCGUUCGAUGUUCAACAGAGCGGAAGAAGGGAAACCGGGGGAAAAUCUCGUUCGCCUCCGCCACUGCAUUUGCAGAUGCACUGGAGUCGGAUCCAUACUAUGGAUUUGAUAUUAUGGAUCUUGAUCGACCCAGCCUACACAAAAAGAGCAAGGGUCAGAAACAUCCCGCCCUGGACGUGAUGCUCUCCGACAGCGACCUGGAACUUCACCUCCAGGAAGUCUGGCAGACCGAUCGUAACAAAAAGAAGACGAGAAAGAAGGAACGAGAGGAGCUUCGCUCGCAGGGAUUACUAGGUAGAAGCCCCGGGGACGCGGAUUUGAAGGUUAAGUACGCGAAGGGAAUGAAUUUGGAGGAGCUGAUGACAGAGUUUCGAGCAUUCCUGUUAUCUUCAAAGACCAGUCUAUCUCUACCACCCAUGACCAAGCAACGACGGAAGACCAUCCACGAAUUGGCUAACAUAUUAAACCUGAAAUCACAAUCCCGCGGAAAUGGGCUUACGCGGUUCCCAAUGCUCGUCAAGACUUCUCGUACCCCCGGGUAUACAUCAAAGACUAUCUCCAAGGUGGAUGAUUUACUCUCUGGACGGAAGCUAAAUCGUCGGCUUUUCCAAUCCUGGGGCUCAGAUGCCUCGAAGUACAAACCUGUCAAAACCAAACGGGGUGGUUCGGGUGCUACAGUCUCAUACAUGGAUGGAGAUGUUGUUGGUGCCUCUGCCCCGGAGAUUGGGGUCGGCAACCGAGGACGAGCCAUGUUAGAAAAGAUGGGAUGGAGCAGCGGCACUGCACUUGGGGCAACCAACAAUAAGGGUAUACUUCUUCCAGUUGCACAUGUGGUCAAGAACUCGCGAACAGGGUUAGGCUAG